AUGGUCGCCCAACAAGCUUCAAAACCGUCAACACGACGACGAUUUACUAUACGAGUGCCCGCGACGUCGGCCAACAUCGGCCCUGGGUUCGAUGUAAUGGGCGUUUCGCUCACCCUGUUCCUGACACUCUCCGUUUCUGUGCCCCGCGACCCACCGCCACGAACAUUCACCACACCCAACCCACAACCUCAGCUAUCCUACACAGGCGAAGGCUCUGACGAGGUUCCCCUGGACGCAUAUAAGAACCUUACUACGCGCGUGGCACUGUACGUUUUGCGAUGUAACGGCAUCCCCUCUUUCCCAUCCGGUCUUGAGCUGCAGUGCCACAACGAGAUCCCGUUCGGGCGCGGGUUAGGCUCAUCUGGCGCAGCAGUCAUUGCCGGUGUGCUCUUGGGAGAUGCUCUAGGUCAGCUGGGCUUGGACAGGAAUAGGAUGCUGGACUUUGCCCUCAUGGUCGAACGUCACCCGGACAACGUUACCGCCGCUCUAAUGGGUGGUUUCGUGGGCUCCUACCUUCGAGAACUCGACGCAGCUGCCACAUCCGCAGCCUCUGUACCUCUAGCAGAGGUCCUUCCAGAAUAUCCAGCAAAUGCAGGCGAGGAGUGGGGGAUCGAUCCCCCUAGCCCGCCGCAUGGCAUCGGUCACUAUGUCCGGUUCGGAUGGGCCAAGGAGAUCAGGGCGGUCGCAAUCGUCCCCGCGUUCGAAGUUAGCACAGCCAAGGCGAGAAGUGUGUUGCCAACGGAGUAUACAAGGAAGGACUUAGUGUUUAACCUUCAACGAUUAGCGGUGCUUACCACGGCACUAUCGCGAUCACCCCCCGACCCAGAACUGAUUUAUGAGGCGAUGAAAGACCGGGUGCACCAGCCCUACCGGAAGGAGCUGAUCCCCGGCCUUCCACAAGUCCUCUCCUCUGUGACUCCUUCCACGCACCCCGGUCUGUUAGGUAUCUGCCUCUCUGGGGCGGGGCCCACCAUCCUCGCCCUUGCUGUGAGCAACUACGAUUCCAUCGCGGGGGCUGCGGCAGAAGUGUUCAAGAAGUUUGGUGUGGAGGUGAGUUGGUUUGUCUUAGACGUGACUGUGGAAGGGAGCACUCUGAGUGAAGAGGAGUAGAAGGGAGCUGUUUGUACACUUCGCAAUAAAACAAUGCCUUGGUUCUCUCUUG